UUUCAGUCAGUCAUUCGGUGGAUGGAACGGAGAAAAUCAUCCCCCGGCGAAGGUUUCAUCCCAUCCAUUUCUGUUCGGCCUCUUCCAUGGUCAGCACGCGAGCCGCCAAUGCCCUCGUACUGAGUUAGUGAGCGAUAACAAAAUCGGUCCACCCGCCUCAUCGGAAACGCAAUCGAUAGCCAUCGAUCCAUCGGAUAGGAUCUCCGGCAUCUAGCAGCAACAACGCCUGGCGCACCAACUAGUACUUACGCAUCGAGACGCCACCGAUUCUCCAAAAAGGUGUUCCCAAUCGCGCGAGAAAAAAUCGUACCCUAGUCAGAUUACAGCUUUUUUGUCAAACAAAUUAAGCUCCGGUUGGUGCAGUGAUAUCUUUUGGAUUAACUGAUAACGGCAACGCGAAGAACUGUAUGAGUUUUCCUUCGUGUUGCUUUUCCGAACCAAAUGCUGGCACCGUAUCCGUAGUUCGCUUCCAGCUGUUGCCAGAAAUAGCGGGUCGUUUGGCGCUCUCGGGGUUUCUCGUCGGGCGUUUAGUGUGAUUCACCCCCUCCGAGUCUGUGACAGCGUGCUUAGUGGAUCAGCUUGUGGACGCUCAGUGUUUAUUCAAUUAAAGUUAACCUCAAAGUGCAAUUAGUGCGCUAUCUUAACCGAGAGUCUGAUAGCCGCACAUCUCGGGAAGAAGUGUGAACAAAUUUUGUGAGCUGAUAGUACCCGGGAGCAAUAAAAAAAAGCAACAGUCAGCAGUACUUUUCCUAGGGCAGAAAGAUAACCAUACCAAAAUGCCGGAAAAAUCCGUUACCAAGGAUGGCCGAUUCGAGACGACCUACGAGUUCCCGAUGAAGCCGGUCAAAAAAACCUUUGGCCAGUUCCUGUACGACAAGGAGAACAACACGAUUAUGGGACGAACCCGGUUGGGUUGGAUGAAACUUCUCAUUUUCUACGUGAUUUUCUACUUCGUCCUGGGUGCCCUAACUGCCGUUUGCUUCGAGGGACUUCUAUCAACGCUGAGUGACCAGUAUCCCAAGUAUCAGCUGGAACAAUCUCUCAUCGGAACCAAUCCCGGCGUUGGGUUCCGACCGAUGCCGGAAGAUCCGGAACAGGGUGGCAUGAUUCACUACCGGGCUAAGAACAAAACCGAAGUCAAAUACUGGGUAGGACGAGUCGAGGAUUUCCUGCAGCCAUAUAAGAACCAAUCGCUACUGGUAACUGGUGGCAAAAAUCAGGUAAUCUGUGACUUUAACAGUCCUCCAUCGGCUGGAAAUGUCUGUGCUGUCGAUGUGUCCCAAAUGGGACCUUGCACUGCUAAUCAUGGAUACGGUUUCAACAAAUCGGCUCCCUGCAUUUUCAUCAAGUUGAAUAGGAUUUACAAUUGGUUGCCGGAGUUCUACGACGAUGUGGAAGAUUUGCCGGACGAUAUGCCACAGGAUCUGGUUCAGCACAUCAACUCGCUGCCAAAGGUGGAGCGGAAUCAGAUUUGGGUGUCCUGUAACGGAGUGAAUCCCAUGGAUAAUGAAGCCAUCGGUCCCGUUGAGUACUACCCGGGCCGAGGGAUUGCCGGAUAUUACUAUCCCUUCCUCAAUCAGCCAGGAUAUCUGAGUCCUAUCGUUGCGGUGCAGUUUGCUCGUCCCACAGUGCAACGGUCCAUCAACAUCGAGUGCAGAGCGUGGGCCAAGAACAUUCACUACCGAGGCGGGUACAGAGAUCGUCAGGGAUCCAUCUACUUCGCUCUUCUGGUCGAUUAAAUGGUGUCAAUUCCAACUUCCGAAUAGUUACAAUGAAUGCUAGAGAACGGCAAAAGUAGUAGCGAUUUUAGUAAAGAGUUUCUCAUCAUAGGUAUGUUUCGGUGUGAAUGUGAUUUAGUGAGUGACAGAUGAUUGUGCCCAGAAUGUUAAUCGUUUUAAAUCUAUUAUUGUUAUUUUUGACUAAUUUUCGCGUAUGCCUUGCCUUAAGCAUCAUCUUAACUUCAUCAAAGUGUCGGAAAUAACAAUAACGAUAGUCGAUUUGGCUAGAUGUAGAUUUUCGUACAUUAGUCCCACCCUAUGAAAUAAAAAAAACCUGCUAGCAAGCCAUCUUAUGAUGAAUGUGUUGACUUAAAUACAAUGUGAUUUGAAAUUUAAUAGAAAAUAAAGCGUCUUAGAACUA